UUUGUUACGCCCCAGUUAGUUAGUCCGUCAGCACCGUCGGACCUGUGAUCAGGUAUCGAUCCCGGAUCAGGUUUAUUACGGGUCGGGUCUUCCCCCCUCUGCCGGAUAAAAACAUGCUGCGCGUGAGGGCGGCCGUGCGCCAGUCUUGGAGGGGGUUCAAGACGUUCCCCUGUGCAGCCGUGGAGGUGAAGAACGAGCCCGUCCUCGGCUUCACGCCGGGCAGCGCCGAGAGGAACGAGCUGCAGAAGGCCCUGGACGGGCUGAAGGGGAAGACGGAGGAGAUCCCGUGUGUGGUGGGAGACGAACACGUGUGGACCGAAGACGUCAGAUACCAGCUGUCGCCGUUCAAUCACUCCCAUAAAGUGGCAAAGUUCUGCUAUGCUGACGAGGCGCUCAUCAACAGAGCCAUCAUGGCGUCCGUGGCAGCGAGGAAGGAGUGGGACCUGACGCCGGUCCAGGACCGGGCCCAGGUCCUCUUCAAGGCCGCCGACCUCCUCAGUGGACCCAAGAGAGCGGAGGUCCUCGCCAAGACCAUGAUCGGCCAGGGUAAGACGGUGGUCCAGGCGGAGAUCGACGCCGCCGCGGAGCUGAUCGACUUCUUCAGGUUUAACGCCAAACACGCCGUCGAGCUGGAGGACCAGCAGCCGCUGGACGCCGACGGCAGCACCAACACCAUGCUGUACCGCGGCCUGGAGGGGUUCGUAGCUGCCGUGUCUCCUUUCAACUUCACCGCCAUUGGUGGAAACCUGGCCGGAACGCCGGCGCUGAUGGGCAACGUGGUGCUGUGGAAGCCCAGCGACGCCGCCGUGUCGGCCAGCUACGUCGUCUACCGGGCGCUGAGGGCCAGCGGCCUGCCGCCCAACGUCAUCCAGUUCCUGCCGGCGGACGGGCCGGUGUUCGGGGACGCCGUCACGGCCUCGGAGCACCUGGCGGGCGUCAACUUCACCGGCAGCUUCCCGACAUUCAAGCGUCUUUGGAAGCAGGUCGCCCAGAAUGUGGACUCCUACCGGACGUUCCCUCGACUGGCCGGAGAGUGCGGUGGGAAGAACUUCCACUUCGUGCACAAGUCGGCCCACGUGGAGAGCGUGGUGAAGGGCACGGUGCGCUCGGCCUUCGAGUACGGAGGCCAGAAGUGCUCCGCCUGCUCCAGGAUGUACGUACCCGACAGCCUGUGGCCGCUGAUCCGGGACCAGCUGCUGGACAUCCACCGGCAGCUCAAAGUGGGAGACCCCGUUGAAGACUUCAGCACCUUCUUCUCGGCUGUGAUCGAUGACAAGUCGUUCGCCCGGAUUAAGAAGUGGCUCGACCGCGCCAAGACCUCCUCCACUCUGAAGGUCGUCGCCGGCGGUAACUAUGACGACAGCAAGGGAUACUUUGUGGAGCCGACCAUCAUCGAGACCACGGACCCGCGGGACGCCAUCAUGAGCGAGGAGAUCUUCGGGCCGGUUCUCGCGGUUUACGUGUACCCGGAGAACGACUACAAGGAGGUGCUGCAGCUGAUUGACAGCACGUCCCCCUUCGCCCUGACGGGGGCCGUGUUCGCCCUGGACAAGAACGUGAUCGCCGAGGCGGCUAAAGCCUUGAGGAACGCCGCGGGGAACUACUACGUGAACGAUAAAUCCACCGGCUCCGUGGUCGCUCAGCAACCGUUUGGUGGCGCCAGAGCUUCAGGAACGAACGACAAACCCGGAGGUCCGCACUACGUCCUGAGGUGGACAUCGCCGCAGGUGGUGAAGCAGAGCCACGCCCCCCUCACGGACUGGAGGUACGCCUACAUGGGCUGAGCCCCCCCCACCCCCUCCACGCUGACCUCCACGCUGACCUCCUGUGACAUGAAACGAGGACUCCACAGAAGUGUCUUCAUCCAUCUGCAGCUCCGUCGUGACUCCGCCCGUUUCUUCGUUGCCGGGUCGUUAAUUAGUUGCCGUCCAAUGACAAACUGUCUAUUCACGCUCAACUAUAAAUACACAUAUAUAUUUUUUAUCUAAAUUAAAAUCAGAGUUUAACUAGAGAUUAAAUGAUCCAGUACGUUUUUAGCUAGUAGACAAAUAACUUCAAAUGGAGAAAAAAUAAAUCCAGCUUCUUAAUUAUGAACAUUUCCUUAUUUUCUACGAUAUUAAACUGGAUGUCUUUGCAUUUGAAUAUUAAACAUUGAAUCUAAAAAAUGUUUAUUACAAGUCAGCUGUGAAAAGAUUUGAUGCAGAUGACUUUUAAUAUGUGUAACCUGCUGUUGAAAUGUCACUUUGCAUUUUUAAAGUGCUGAAAAUGUUCAUAAUUACUUGAAUUUCUGCUGAUUUUGUCUUUUAUCAAACUGUUUAAGUCACGAAUAUCUUCUGAAGAAUAUUUUGUAUUUUAAUCUUCUGCUCGUCCUCAAACAAAUGCAGCAGCUUUUUAUCAUCAGAACGUGCCUGCCUUAUAACUAUGGGAAUUUGUAGUUAAUUUUUUGUCUAAUUAAUAAAUUAUUAAAAUCUAAA